AUGACAAACCCAGCAGCUCUGCAAGUCUGCAAAGCCGUAUUUUUGUUCUGUUUUUUUAAAAAACAUUCAGAAGGGAGAGAGGAGGGAGAACACAGAACUGGAGAGUGGAGAGUGGGGACUGGGGAGUGGGGAGUGAGGACUGGUGGGCGUAUAGAAGUUGAAUUUGAGACAAGAGUCUCUCAGACUCUUUUUGUGAAGCUGAAAAGUAGAUUCUGCUGGAGUUGGGAACUCGGGAGUCGGGAGUCGGGACUCGGCCAUUCGGGACUAGCUGGAGUCACUGAAGGCCUGAUACUCUUGAGAGAGGGUCUCUCUACAACUUCGCACACACAGACGCACACACAACUGAGAGAAGAGAGAGAGGGGCGCUCAGCCCUCAAACACAAAGCCCUCUGCUACUAG